AAACCAAGUGACUGAAAAACGCCUUCUCUUCUAUUACGUAUAUUUCGAUGGAUUUAUUUGAAUGGAAGACGUAGAACAAAAUUGAUAUGAUCGAAAUUAUUAUUCAAAUAUUUUUUUAAUAAUAAUAGUUAUAAAAACAAAUUAAACAUACAAUGACAAUCUACAAAUGCCCAUCCGGGAUCUGUAUGUAUUCUCCGUUCGUCUUGUAGAGGGCGCUGUUGUGGUACCCAGUGACACAACCUAAUGUGUGUUUGCUGUAAGGCUGCUGGAGAGACUAUUUUAACAAUCAACCAGCAACGAGUCACAAGGGACUAGUCUGCCUACGCUGACCUUAUCUGCGGUCCACUCCCUGCUACACAAGUGAUCCUCCAUCCUGCUGCACAAGUGAUCCAUCCUCAUGGCCACAGAGAAGACUGCCUGGGUGUCCAGCCCUUCGUACAGUCGGUACUGGCGGCACUACCAGCAGGCCAUGGGCUGGUACCAGACACACCGACAAGCCUUCAGCAAGGCGCUGCUCGCGGCUCAUGGCCCGGCGUGCUACGGUCAGCUGUACCCCUGUAAAUCCUCCUCUAACCAACUCAACCACCUGUACACUGAACGGCACGGCGGGGCCAGGGACUGUGGCGGCCGGGGGAGGAGAGGGGAGAAGAGGUACAGGGAGUCGCCUGAGCCGCUGGGCUGUGAGGAGGAAGUGGAGGAGGACAGUGACUUGGAGGAAGGAGAACCAGAGAUUGAAUGUGACGUGAGCAACAUGGAGAUCACGGAGGAGCUCCGGCAGUACUUCGCCCUGACGGAGAAGCACAGAGAAGAACUCAAGAAGCAGCAGGAGCUGGAGGACAAGGAGCACGCCUGCUACGUGCCCGCCGACCAGGACCUCCACCGGGGGGCGCGGCUGGGCACGACCGCCGCGCCCAACGAGCGUCCCGGGGUACGGCGCGGGGCGGAGAUGAGGAAGCUGUACGGCGUGGACACGGCCAAGAUCCAGGCCAUGGAGGCAGCGCUGCAGCUCAACUUCGACCGCAACUGCGACCGCAAGCUGCCCAAGUACUGGCCCGUCAUCCCCCUGCGCCUCUGACCCCUGACCAGUGGCUAGGGGGUUCUGAGGGCGGGAUGGAGGGACCCGCUGUUUGCUCAAGGGCACUUAGUCGGUAGUGAAAGUUUGGAUUCCUUACGAUUCUUGAAGAUGUGGAUGGAGUUCAGGGCUGUGGGGCCUGCGUGGUCAGCGAGCCGCCAUGAUGGAUCUCAGCGCCUGAUGGGACCUGAAGGCGGAACCCAGACGACCUUAAGAACCAAGAUGUCCUACUGCACUCACUGGCUGUCAGUCAGAGGAUUUGUUUGAUCGUUGGUUGAACGCCCUUUGGGAAUUUUAAGGAUUCGUCCCUUGGGCAGCGACACCACUUCUGAAUGAUGCAAACACAGUCAAGGAAACCUGUAUGAUUUCAGUUGUUAUAAAUUGCUUACGUUCCAGCAGGUGGCAGUGUUUGACUGUUGACCUGAAGUAUUUUUCUGCGGGCUUUCAUUUCACAAGGAGGUUAGGGUUAAUUUUAGAGUGGAGUUAUUUUUCAGGCAACUUGAGUACUAGGUGUGUGUGUGUGUGUGUGUGUGUGUGUGUGUGUGAGUGUGUGUUGCUCUCACUUUAAGGAGCUGUUUGAUGCAGACAUUGAUUUUAUUGGGGUUCCACGUUUCUGGACCCUGUUCUCACUUACUCCACAUGUUGGAGGUUCACUUUUUAUCGUUAUGCCUUACUGUUCAUUUAAAGGUUAUUUUUAUGUUUUGUAAUAAAGAUUUUUGCAUUUGGAUGAAGCUUGUUUGGGCAUAAGAAUCAAUUUUCGUUGUAUGAAAUACUAAUUUUUUGAGGGGGUUUAAGACGAAAAUAAAUGCCCGUUCCAAGUUGUAAGUAAAAGGGGUAAAGUGUGCGAACAAAAUGUGAAGAGAUUUGCAUCUUAUCACUAUUUACUUUAUUUAAUGAAGACAUUACAUUAAAACUCAUUAAUGCAGAACUGAUUUUGUGCUGUAAGAAAAUUGCACUUUUGCAUGUAACAGAUUGUACAUUUUUCAACAACAAAGAAGUUGUCACUUUCCAAUUCAGUCUCGGUAUUCCAACUGACUAUGACCUAGCGGCCAUCCUGAAUGUGGAAUUCUGCAUCCAAGAUGGCCGCAAGGUGAAUAGGGCCCAUUGCAGCCGAUUGUUGAUCAAGCUGGUUUUCAAAGUUCAACAUUGGGUUCACUCGGUCCACCUUCCUAAUGAGAGGGAAAGCGAGAGAGAGAGAGAGAUGAUACUAAUUAGAUUGGAGAGGCGCAGUCCCCUCUGGUAACCUAGCGAGGGUUGUGGUCCGGGAUAGAUUUCACAGAUUACAGGUAGCCAGACAAUUUUGAGUGGAUUUGCUUCACACAUGGACGGCCAUGAUGAGACCGAGUUACGUUUAAAAUAAAAUCGACAACCGAUGACACCAAUAUUUAGAUUUCGAUUUUCAAAAUUCAGCAUUGCCGUCCCUUGGGCAUUAUGUGUUUUACUGGCCUCAUGCCACAGACACAUAAACUCAACAAAUUAGCCGAGAGCACUGUACUGCUCAGAAAGUUGUUCUGUUGUCUGUCCCCCUGUCUGUCAGCCUGUCCAUCACAUAAGAAAAUAUAUGCUUCCAGUAAGGGAUAACUGAUGUGUUUGCUGCCUCCAGCACAGUCAGAGGAGAGGGGCGCUGGGGAGAGGAAGAGCCGGGAUUUACUGCACCGAAGCACGCAGAGGAAGUCCACCUUUUACUCUCCCUCUCGUUCUCUCUCUCUGUGAUAGUGACAAGGGUUGUCAUGGUGAUGUUGGUGCUAGCAAGGAUGGUGACCGCAUAUGUGUCUGAUAAAGGCGAUGUUGGUUACCAGGCUGUACCGGUGAUGGUGCUGAUCGUGAUUAGGGUUGUCGUCGGUGGAGGAUGGUGAUAAUGACUCCACGACUUGUGAUGAGGGCGAUGUUUGUGAGACCAGACUGAUUGUUGUCAAGGUGAUGGUGAAGUUGAGGAUGGUGCUCUUUGUGACUAGGGUUGUCUUGGGGAUGUCUGUGGUGGUGGGUGAUGAAGUGGAAAAUGUGUGCACGGCUUAUGGCAGAAUUUUUUGAAGGUUUGUGGCGACAUCGCUCGAUGUGGAGGGGAUGUGGUCACGGGACUGAGUGUUUCCAUGGGGACAGUUGUGGUGAUGGGGGAAGAUUGCUGUUUUUACUGUGACGGAAUUUAGGGAGGGGCCGAUAGUUGUUGUCAUGGUGACGGGUUGUGGUGACGAUGACAUCACAAGUUGGGGGAUGGGGGGCAGAGUGUAGUCGGU